UCGAUUUAUUUCAUCGAUCGAACAUCUCAACGCAGACCAAAAUGUUCAAGUUGGUGGUGUUGUUCUCCGUGCUCGCUUUGGCCGCUGCCAAGCCCGAUGUAUGGGCGCCCUUCACUUACAACACGGUACCUGCUGUAAGCUCUGUGUCCCAGUACAGCAGCAACGUAGUUCAUGGAUCGCACGUCGUGCCUGCUUACUACAGCGCUCCUUACUCACCGUAUGUCACAGGCGUGGUACCCGCAGUGUCUGCUCUUGCACAAGCACCUAACUCUCCCGCUGUCGUAUUAGAUGCCGUUCACGGAGUGCCUUUGGACACCCCCGAGGUAGUUUCCAGCCGUAUUGCUCACUACCAAGCCAAAGCCCUCUCUGGUGUGCACCAUCUCGCCAAGCGUUCUGUCGUUCCUGUCUCUUACAGUUCAGUAGUCAGCCCUGUAGCCACUGUGACUCCUCUUGCCAGUUAUAACGGUGUUGUAUCUCCAUUAGGCUACUCUUCAUCCUUUGUCUCAACCUACUCAACUCCAUUCGCCCCCUCCUACCCAUACCCUGCUGUAGUACCCAAAGCUUUCUCCGUACACCCAUGGUAAAUCGACCCGAUUACGACAAAUAAUAUUGUAUACAUAAAUAAGUCAACACUGCCGAAAUAAAUGAAUCA